UAUAUUUGGCAUAUUCAAAUGUAAAAUCCUUUUUCAGGAUAUACCUUGAUAGGUAUGAAGUAAAUAGACUUCGGCACGUAGAAAGAUUAACAAUAUGUAUUAACUUUAACGAGGAGAUGUAGCUGUAAUACGUUUGCUAUACGAAAGUAAACAAUCUUUCAAAGAAAUCUACAACUCUCGAAACGGCACUAAUUCAAAAUGAUUGUGAUUGGCGAUAGAUAAGAUCAGAUGGCGCUACGAUAGAACAUCAUUAUUGGCGUCAAAUUUUAAAUCAUUUAAACUGAACACAAGUAAUUGAACAUCGUACCAAUGAUUUCUAAUUCUUUUUUCGUUUUUUAUAAAAAAUAAAUAAGAAAUAUUAAGGUCAUCUAAAUACGAUGACGAUAUUAUUCCAAUCUGAUUUUAUUCCGAUAUAAAUAUCUCUUAUUGUAAAGAAUCGUAAUAAUAAGUUAUAUUUACUUCACUGUCAUAACCUAUAUAGUAUAACCUACUGUACGACAAUUAUUGAAUAUUUUGGAAAAAAAAAUAUAUAUAAAAGGUUAAAUCAAUUAUCAUGGAUGAAGAGCCAUCGAAAUGCUGUAUGUACUUUGUGAAACGUAAAAAUCGAUAUUGUCAUAUGACCGUUAAAAGAGGUAACAAAUUUUGUGGAGAACAUCAACAGGAUUCAUUGAAUUCUAACGAUCUAGAAAAUACUGAAAAAAGUAACAAAAGGAUAAAAUGUCCUCUUGAUCCUACUCAUACAUGUUAUGAGUCAAAAUUAUCUAAACAUUUGACAAUAUGCAAUGCCCGAAAGAUGUUGGACGCUCGACCAACAUAUAUUGUCCAAAAUGUUAAUUUAGAUGAAGAAACUGAAGAAAUACCACGUCUUCUUCCUCUGUCACAACUCGAUUUUUCCGUUGUAGAUGCGAUAAUAAAAAGAAUUGAUGAAGCUUAUGAAAAGCUACCAGAAAUUUCCAAAGCAAUAUUACACCAUGAUAUAUUAAAAGAUGCAUUAACUAUUUCAUCUUGUGGUAAAUAUGCUAAAAAACACUUGACGCAAAAUUCGUCAUUGCUGGCACAUUUAGAAAAAGCUGAACUUGUCAAAAAUAAUACUUGCUACAUUGAGUUUGGAGCUGGAAAAGGUAAUUUAACUUAUUGGUUGGCACAAAUGGCAAAAGAAAAACAAGACUCUUGUAUAUUGUUAGUGGAUCGUUCUAGUCAUAGACACAAAAAUGAUAAUAAGCUUAAAAAAGAGCAACAUAAUAUUUAUGUAAGACGGAUACGUGCUGAUAUAGCAGAUUUACAACUUAGUAACAUUGCAGAAAUUCAAAAUUUUCUUAAUAAAGUUGGGAUUGCAAAACAUCUAUGUGGUACUGCAACAGAUCUUGCUAUACGAUGUUUGAUACGAGCAAUAGAUAAUAAAUCUAGUGGCAGUAAUUAUGGAUUAGUCAUAGCUUUCUGCUGUCAUCAUAAAUGCGAAUAUAAAUCCUAUAUUGGUAAAGAAUAUUUAGAACAAUGUAAAUUUCUUCCAAAAGAAUUUCCAAUUUUAUGUAGCAUAGCUAGUUGGGCGACUUGUGGGUUUAAUUUAAAAACUGAUACUGAAUUAAAAGAUGAAAAUAAAAAAAUAAGAUUCAGCAAACAAAACGUGCGUUCUAUAGAACGAGAAUUAAUUGGUAAUAAAGUUAAAACAUUAUUGAAUUGGGGACGUUUAGAAUAUUUAAGAAACAUUGGUUUUGAAGGUUCUUUAUUUCGUUACAUUUCGUCGGAUAUUUCGUUGGAAAACAUGUGUAUUGUUGCGAAAUAUUCUGUUACAUAGAUUAAAUAAUUAUAAUUAUUAAAAAUAAUUCUUAUUCUAAGAAAGAUUCUAUGUAUUAUGUAUUAAUUAAUAAAAAUAAUGAAAAUCUA